ACCAAAGUUAAACGACAAAGUGUAUUUCCCAACGCUUUGCGGGUUUACAUUUGGAGUUGCAGAGUUGCCUUCAUAACGGUGAGCGUGAUUCAGUUGAGGUGGUUGUUUCUUCUCGUUUGCCAAUAUGCAGGCCAGUGAUAGGUUCAACAUCAAUUCCCAGCUUGAACAUCUUCAAGCUAAAUAUGUUGGGACCGGGCAUGCCGAUAUGAAUAGAUAUGAAUGGGCCGUGAAUAUCCAACGCGAUAGCUACGCAUCCUAUGUUGGCCAUUAUCCAAUGCUUGCUUACUUUGCUCUUGCUGAGAAUGAGUCCAUUGGAAGAGAACGCUACAACUUUAUGCAGCUUGUGGAGGCCUACCUAACUCUAUGGCGAAGCAGCGAGGGUUGUCUGGAGGCGUUAAAAGCGGCCUCGGAGCGCAGUGUUAAGGUUUUAGCUGUUGAACGCGCAACCAGAGAUGAGAGCUAUAGGAGCAAGACUGUUUGGACUGGACGCAGUUUAAGGUGAAGGUUCAAUUGAUCUUGCCUUGUAGGUAGGCAGCGCCUCGAGAAAGACCAUAAACAUAAAAAAGAGGAACUCGAUAGGAGAUUCUCAAGACUAUCGAACUGAACUAGAGACCAAUAACUCUAAAAGUUAAAGUUUCACUUGACCUGAAGCUGCCUUUGAUGUAUGCCUGAGUUAAUGAAUUGGACCUUGUUAGUUUGUUUGUGUUAACAAGAAGCCAAGUUGAUCCCACUCAACUAUUUGGUUUAUGUGGCACAUGCGCGUGCAUGUUUUGUUGUAAA